AUGGCGUCGGCGUCGCCACCAAAACCGUGGGAGAGAGCAGGUGCUACAGGUGUCAAAGCGGUGAAUCACACGCCCAUCGCGACGAUCAAGAAUAAGGGUCAUCGUUACCAUCUCAACUUCGAGGAAGUCUCCAAAACAAAAUACUCAUCGUGUCUAUGUACAGGAAACGCGUUAUCAUCCGUGCCUACUGCUGGUAGUCCUCUUACAUCGACUGCUAUGACUACUACAACACCCUCUGCGGGCAACCCCGCAACCUCAACAACAUCUGCCUCUGCGGCCCCCGACUUGCCCUCUCGCCCCAGCACACUCAACUCCGUCGUGAACAACAACGCCUCAGCCUACUCUCAAUACGGUGGCUCGCGCUUUGGUGCUAGUCCCUAUGGGGGAUACGGUGGUAUGGGUGGUAUGAGUUCUUACUCUUCUCCAUAUUCUCGCUUUGGCAGCAUGGGCGGAAUGGGCUCUAUGUACGGCGGCUAUGGUGGCAUGGGCGGGAUGGGAGGCAUGUACGGCGGCAUGGGCGGUAUGGGUGGCAUGUAUGGAGGAGGCAUGCCUGGGCAGGACCCGAAUGAUCCCAACAGCUUGACCAACUCGUUCGGUCAAAGCACCCAAGCCACUUUCCAAAUGAUCGAGAGCAUCGUUGGUGCAUUUGGUGGUCUUGCCCAAAUGCUGGAAAGCACAUACAUGGCCACUCACAGUUCAUUCUUCGCUAUGAUUUCGGUCGCUGAGCAAUUCGGCAACCUAAGAAACACCAUCGGCUCGGCCCUUGGCAUCUUCACAUUAAUUCGAUGGUUCCGCACAUUGAUUGCCAAGCUCACUGGCCGUCCUCCCCCAGCGGAUGCCACUUCUCUCACCCCCUCAGCUUUUGCUGCCUUUAUGGGUGGUCGGUCUAUGCCCGCCACUCUUCCCGAUGGCUCUCCCGCUCCUCCCAAGCCAUCAAAGAAGCCAUUCUUUAUGUUCCUCGUCGCCGUGUUCGGUCUUCCAUAUCUCAUGGGCAAGCUCAUCAAGGCUCUUGCCCGAUCCCAGGAAGCAGAAGCGAAGCGUCGUCAACAACUUGUCGGCCCCAACGGCGAGCCACAGUCUGCAUCUCUCGAUCCGGCCAAGCUGGACUUCUGCCGUGUCCUGUAUGACUACUCGCCAGAGACACAGGAAAGCAACGGCAUCGACCUAGCCGUCAAGAAGGGUGACGUCGUUGCCGUUCUCAGCAAGUCCGAUCCCAUGGGCAACGCCUCGGAAUGGUGGCGCUGCCGUGCCCGUGACGGCCGUGUCGGCUACCUCCCCGGUCCUUACCUGGAAACCAUCCAGCGCCGACCUGCUCAGCAAGCUAUCACCUCUGGUAGCGAACCGGCCUCUCGCACUGGCACCAUGGAUGGUGCUUCUGCAACCGACCGUACAAAGAGCCUUUCAGCAAUCUCUAAGCCGGCCAACAACCAGCCACCCGAGCUUAAGAGCAAGAUGGGCGAUAUCUCCCCAGAGAGCUUCCAGAAGAGCACAUUCUAUUCUUGA